CACACACACACACACACACACAGUUCACAGUUCACAGUUCUUCCACAUCUCUGCUAGCUGGGGCCUGAACUCCUCUGCAGACAUGGAUUACAUGGGUGCUCAUCUUGCCUUUAAAUCACGCUGGAAAGAGACAGACGUCGAUCUCUGUCGGCACAGCAUGUCUUUCGUUCUGCACAAUUGCAUUAGGAACGAUUUCUUUGUGAGCUAUCUGUUCCUGCUGGAGAAAAUCCCUCUGGUUAAACUCUAUGCCUUGACCAGUGAAGUCAUCGAUGGGGAAAAACAGUUUUACGCCCGAGCACAAAAUUUCUACCAAGACGUGCCUGCCACAGAAGAGGGGAUGAUGGGCGAUUUCCUUGAACUGUCAGAAGUUGACAUUGAAGGCUCCAGAGAAUUCUUAAAAAAGUUUGUUGGGGGUCCAGGGAAGGCUGGCACGACAUGCGCUCUAGACUGCGGCAGUGGGAUUGGCAGGGUCAGUAAGAACGUCCUCCUGCCCGUGUUUGAGACAGUGGAAAUGGCUGACAUGAUGGAGAACUUUCUCAUCCAUGCUCACGAGCAUUACCUAGGCGACGAUGCAGACCGCGUCGAGACCUACUACUGCUACUCCCUGCAGGACCUGACCCCUCCCGUUGAGAAGUAUGAUGUCAUCUGGAUACAAUGGGUCGCAUGUCACCUCACUGACAAAGAUUUGUUCUCAUUUCUGAUGAGAUGCAAAGCCAGCCUUAAACUGAACGGAGUUAUAAUUGUGAAGGAUAACAUGGCCAGAGAGGGCUGCAGGUUGGACCCAGAUGACAGCAGUUUGAUCAGACACAUUGACAUAGUCAAGAGCAUUAUCUGGAAAACUGAUCUGGAGAUCAUCUGCAUACAGAAGCAGGAGGGCAUACCCGAAUCACUCGUUCCUGUAUGGAUGAUUGCCUUGAAGUAGACUACUUAGGAUUGCGGUGUUUGUUGUAGAAAGAAAGACCAAAAGUUAGUACGCGCCAUCUUAUUAACACCUUAUAGAGGAUCUCAAUUCUACAUGAUUGAACAUUAUUAAUCCCUUGACUUCAUACUUCAACUUCAACAGGGCAAAAAACUGUGCAUAUGAAAGGAAAAAUACAGUAUCAUUAUAAACAAUCAGAGUAGAAUUAACUAAAGCCAUUCUCAGUGUACUACAUUUGGCUAAUAGCGUUAUAUUACUGUAAAUCUGGUGAUCAGACACUUGGUUAAAGAUAAUUUGCAAAUCAAUCACGCACGGAGCUCACAGAAUUGUAGGCAGUGGUGCCCACAGAAAUUGUCAGGCCUGGGACAAGGUUUUGAGACAGGCCCCUCCAUCCCCUGAAAUGAGAGCAUUUUGAUGUCAUUGCUGUCAUGUACACGCUCAUGCACAACAACCACACAUUCUUGGAAUGCAAGGGGUAAUUAACAGUAAUAGCUUUUCGUGUGGUGGGAAUGCCGGUAUACAUUUUUCCUAUUUGGUAUACAAGUCUGUUUGAUUAAUUAGUUUUGUAUGCAGGAAACCUUUGCAAACUGAGUAGAACACCUUUUUACUGGCAAUCAUUGUAUAAUCCUUUACAAUAAAUAUUUAAUCCAAGAACAAAAACCGCAUUUAAAAUUUAAUCUAUAGCGUGUGGUUGAAAACAGUCAAUUAUUUUAGACUGGCGUACAUUUAUUUUUUGUGUGAUAUCUACCUACAUUUGCCACCAAAAUGCAUUGUUCCUUAAAUAGUUGUUCCACAGUUUUGGUCUCUAUAUUUAUACCUAUCUGUUUUUAUAAUAUAUAUUUUGAAUAGAUUAGAAAAGGUGAUGUGCUCUGUGCCAAAACUUAGCAAAUAUUUGAAUGUAAGUCAAUUUAUUAAAAUAAUACAUACAUUGUGUUUUCUAGUCAUGAAGUAUUGGUUCAGGCUUUGGAAAACCACAAUGUUCAAUUUCUAAGUCACUAUAAUUUGCAGGAUGUUGAAAUGAUUGUCUAUUAAAAAAAGAAAAAAAACUUCCAGUUUAGUCUAUAUAGAUACCUUUUAAAAAUCUUUUAACCAUGUUUAUUAAUAUUUAUUUCUUAUUAUCCAGAUAUGCAUUCCUUUGUUAUUAAUCAUGUCAUUUGUUGUAACUAAGGUCUUUUGGCCCCUGAAUUUUUUACCAAGAAAUUACAACAUCUAAUUGAUCAAAGCGUUUCUGUAAAAAAGCAGUAAAAAUGCUUUCUACCUGUCUCGGUAUGCUUAACUGUUUAUUUAUCUGAAUUGCACUUACAAAAUUAUGUUUAUAAACUUUAUAAACUAUUAAUGCUAUUUUGUUUUUGAUUAGAUUUUGUGCCAAUUAACCAGAAUUGCUACUUGUCAUCCUUUCAUAAGUUUUGAUCAAGCUGUUAUUAAUUAAACAUGAAACAAUCUUGUAAAUUGCAUACCCACAGAGGUACAGAAUAUUGUCAUUUCAUAAACUUGAGAUUGGUACUUGAGAUUACAGGGCAUAAAUAGUGAUAUCUGUUAGCCUGUCUUCAUUUUUUCCCCACUUAUUAUCAUGUCACAAAUUUGAAUAAUUGUCACAGUUCAAGAUUUGAUGAGAGUGGGACUUGAUUUGUGACAUUUAAAUUGAAUGCUGUAAUCUUCAGGAUUUAUGAAUGCAAUGUGUUGCAUCUCAAAGACUGAAACUCGAAAUAUAAAAUUAAUAAUUAACUGAACAGAACAGAAUGUCUACUUAUGUUACAUUGAAUCAAUAUCACCUACUUUUAGAGGGUGAAAUACAAAAGAAAACUGUAACGACAAAACAAGUAUUUUAUCAGAUAAUAUAUAGUGUGUGCUAUUUCAGUGGAAUACAGUCCUCAGUAAGAACAAACGCCAGUGGCAAAAUAAAGGCUGCAGCAAAAUUUCUACACCCCAGAACAGACAUGAUUGGCAUUUCCUUGUUUUUUCAAUAUCUAUAAAGAAGUUUUAAAUACACCCUGACACAUGGUGGGGAGUUGAUUACAAGGCAGUAAUCCCCCCAAGUUUGUUCUGGCUUGCAUAUUAACAAGUGGUAAAGUCAUGAAUAUACCAGCCCAAAACCAUUGCUAUUACAAAUCAACACAUCUUUUAAAAAAAAAAAAAAACUUCCAUGGAAAAUAUCUGUUGAAUUUAGCCAGGCGAAGCGGUUUAAACUGAUUCUUUCAAAAUGUUAUUGUUUUCCUGCUCCUCUGCUGUUUGUAGAGCAUUCUAAUCAGACAAUUGUCAGACAAUUUAAAUUUGACUCUGGAUUAUAUUCUCAUGAAUGGAAACAGUUACAUGUAUUUAAAAAAAAUCAAAAUUAUUGCGACUAGUACAGAUUAAGGGCAUGGAAAGAAAGAGGGUAAUAAAAGACCACACAAUGAGUAGAAUAUAUUAAUCUGUAAUCUGGGAUCAAUGGCAAAGAAACUGUCUUGAUUAGAUGAUAGAAACCUACCAGAAGGACACCCAGGCUCACCAUCCACACGUCAAGAUCUGUACUGUAAUCGUACAGAACGAAAAGUUAACCCAAGCCAUGUGGCCGCAUGUAAAAAAUUGUUCUUUGUUCCUGCAUUCUCUUUGCAAAUCUUUAACAAACUCACUUUGGGGGGAUACUGGUGCACUCCCCCCUUUUGGUCAUUUUUAUAACGAACACGUGACAAAAGCCCACCUUGCUCAGGCUUGCUCAGAGACAGUCCCAAAGGUAAAACAUGCUACUGAAUUUAUCAAACAUGCACAAACUAAAAACACAUUGGAUAAUAGCCAUAGAUUUAUAUGCAAAAUAAGACAGUAUUCCUUUAAAAUUGCAAUGCAUUUUACACAGUGAUUAUCAUCAGCAGUAGGUGGUUAAUAACAGGAGGCCAGACAGACAUUUUACCAGCUCAAAAUGUGUUAAAAAUGGAAAGAUUCAUGUAGUAAGUGGAAUCAUAAGCCUAUAGUAAAUGUUACAGUCUGUAAAUACCUCAAACUGUACAGUUUGCUGAUGAUGGUUUAUUCCAUGACCACAGAAUAUCAGAUUCCUCCAUUAGAGAUGUUUUUAUUAUCUGGACUUUAUUAAAAUGGGAUUGUCCUAAUUGUUUUCUAACUGUUAUAUUUGAUGCCAUCUGCUUUCUGUUAGUGUCUAAUCUGAUGUACUGGUGGAGUCUACAAAGGGAAUGAAGUCAUUUUACACUACAGAUAACAGGAAAUGGUUUUGGAAAAUAUAGACUUGAAAAUUACAUAAAUUAAUAAAG